CACACUAUGAGGGGGAACUUUGUUACUAUGAAACUUAGGAAUAUUUACAAAAUAUUGUAAAAAUUAUCAAAAUCCCUCGUGAAUCAAUGACCUGCCCCUAGGGUUUGAGGUUUUUAGUUUAGUUUGCCCGGAAAGGGCUUCUACACUCACUAUUCUUACACUUUUUUGAAAGAAUGUGUGAGACAGACAGUUAGCCAGCUAGCUAGCUAGCUGAGAGGUGAUACAGGCGGCAGGAGAACAAAAGAUUUUUUUUGCGUUUUGGCCGGUUGUACUGACACCAAGUCCAUGCAGAACGUGUCAUUACCAUCACAAUGCCCGUUUUACUUUUUCUGAUAGACACGUCCGCUUCAAUGAACCAGCGCACCCAUCUGGGCACUACCUAUCUGGACAUAGCAAAAGGCGCUGUUGAGACUUUUAUGAAGCUCAGAGGGAGAGAUCCGGCGAGCCGAGGGGACCGGUAUAUGUUGGUAAAUUUUGAAGACGUUCCGUUCGGGAUAAAGGCUGGAUGGAAAGAGAGUCAUGCCACCUUCAUGACAGAGCUGAGGAACCUCCAAGCAGCCGGACUCACGUCUAUCGGCCAGUCCUUGAGGACCGCUUUUGAUUUACUCAAUCUCAAUAGAUUAGUGACUGGGAUAGACAACUAUGGACAGGGAAGGAACCCCUUUUUCCUCGAGCCGGCCAUCAUAAUCGCCAUCACAGACGGCAACAAGUUGACCAGCGGCGGCGGAGUCCAAGACGAGCUCCAUCUGCCUCUGACCACCCCGCUGCCUGGCAGCGAGCUGACCAAGGAGCCCUUCCGCUGGGACCAGCGUCUGUUCGCUCUGGUGCUGCGAAUCCCCGGCAACGCCUCGGUGGAGCCCGAGCCCCUCGGUGGCGUCCCGCCUGACGAUUCUCCAAUCACGCCUAUGUGUGAGGUCACUGGAGGUCGUUCUUACAGCGUGUUCUCUCAGCGUAUGUUGAAUCAGUGUCUGGAGUCACUGGUGCAGAAAAUCCAGAGUGGAGUGGUGAUAAACUUUGAGAAAACUGGGCCUGACCCGCCUCCUUUAGAGGAUGCUCCGGUUGAGGCGGUGAAGUCUGGCCCACAGGCUUGGCACUGUUGUCACAAGCUGAUCUACGUACGACCCAACCCGAAAACUGGUGUUCCCAUCGGUCACUGGCCCAUCCCCGAGGCCUUCUGGCCGGACCAGAACUCCCCCACAUUGCCCCCUCGCUCAGCCCACCCCCACGUCCGGUUCUCCUGUUUGGACGCGGAGCCCAUGGUGAUCGACAAGGUGCCCUUUGACAAAUACGAGCUGGAGCCUUCGCCUCUCACACAGUACAUUUUGGAGAGGAAGUCCCCGCACACCUGCUGGCAGGUGUUUGUGUGUAACAGUGCCAAGUACAGUGACCUGGGCCAACCAUUCGGCUACUUAAAGGCCAGCACAGCUCUGAACUGUGUCAACCUGUUUGUGAUGCCCUACAAUUACCCCGUGCUUCUGCCACUUCUGGAUGACUUGAUCAAAGUGCACAAGUUCAAACCAACCAUCAAAUGGCGGCAAUCCUUUGAGAACUACCUGAAAACGAUGCCUCCAUAUUAUAUCGGGUCCCUGAGGAAGGCGCUGAGAAUCAUGGGAGCACCGAACCUGCUGGCCGACAACAUGGAGUACGGCCUGAGCUACAGCGUGGUGUCCUACCUGAAGAAGCUCAGCCAACAGUCAAAAAUCGAGUACGACCGCCUGAUUGCCUUGAUCGGUAAGAAGCAGCCCCCAGAGGCCGGCAUCAAGGUGCGUUGGCGAGGUGGAGGGAUAUCUCUGGCCCAGCGGAGGGACUUCAUCCAGCAGCUGCAGAGUCUCUCCGGAGAGGCGCCAACGCUUCCUCUGGAGCUCAACCCUAAAGAGUUUCAGGGCUUUCAGCUGGCUCUGCUCAACAAGGGCCUGAAGCCGCAGAGCUUCAGGAAUCCCUACGACAUCCCCCGCAGCCACCUGCUGGACCAGCUCAGCCGAAUGAGGAGGAACCUGCUCAACACCAGCGUCUGUACUCUCAGAGGGCAGGACUCAGACCAGCUCCACAGCGUGCCAAUAGCCCAGAUGGGCAACUACCAAGACUUCCUCAAAGCUGCUCCUCAGCCUCUUCGAGACGCAGACCCCGAGCAGCCCAAACGCCUCCACACAUUCGGCAACCCCUUCAAACUGGACAAAAAGGGCAUGAUGAUCGACGAGGCGGAUGAGUUUGUGACAGGUACUCAGAGCAAGGGGAAGAGACCAGGAGACAGCAGCAACAUGACGGGCGGAGGGCCCAAGAGGCGUCGCUGCAUGUCGCCUCUGCUGCGCCUGGGCAGAGCCUACACCCCUCCAGUCACACCGCCUGCCAGCCCUCGACCCACAGACAUGGAUGACGGAGCUCCUGAACCGGACCUGAUCAUCAACCACCUGAAUCAGAACCACUACGGCUCAGACGGGAGUUCAGACUCGGAGGUGGACCAUCCCUUGGGGCCCGCAGACCACCAGGAGAACCACACGGCCACGGACCCUGACGACCUCCGGCACGGGGACGAGGAGGAGGAGAACGGGCAGCCCCGGGCGGGCGAGCUGGCUCCGGGCAGCGAGGGAGGAGCGGAGAUGGUGCUGGUGGAUGACCAGCUGCCUCGCUACCUGUCACCUGCGGCUCUGAAGAAGCACAUUCACAUCGAGACGACGAAGGUCAACAACGAGCUGAGGACGCUCAUCACCAAGGAGAUCAGAAAACCUGGCCGACACUACGAGAAGAUCUUCCUCCUCCUGAAGCAGAUCCAGGGCACUCUGGACACCCGACUCAUCUUCCUCCAAAACAUCAUCAAAGAGGCGGCCAGGUUCAAAAAGCGCGUUCUCAUCGAGCAGCUGGAAAACCUCCUGGAGGAGAUCCACAACAGAUCCAAUAACAUGAACCACGUGGACACGCUCUGAGACCGGCUCAUUCCCAAACUGAACUUUAUGAUAGUGAACCCCGAAAACCACCCACAACCCCCCCCUCCCUGUGUACUGGGGCCCUGCGGAGACGAGACAAGACGGCAUCCAGCUCUCAAACUAUCACCUCUUCGGAGGACUCUUAUUGAUGAUCGCGUUGGUUUGCACACAGUUUAAAGUCAGUGUUGACCCCGGAUGAUAUGAAUGCGGGGACAAGAAAGCGUUUAUGUCUACAGGUGAAGUGUUUGUCUACCCAGCAAGGUUUUUUGACUUGUAGGAUGAUUGUCUGUUUCCGAUCUGUGAAUCCUGAAGCAUUCCUCUCGAAUAUUCUCCUCCGAGAUAAGAUUUAAAAAAAAAAAGACAAGAAAAGAUCUCUUAAAUGAAGGAGUAAACGAGGGAGUUUCCCGGAGAGGAACAGACAGCAGUCGUGUUUUGUUUGUGACGAUGUGACGGAGUAAGAAGGGUUCAGGUCGUGUUUUGGUAACUCAGGGUCAAACGGGAUCCAGCGGAGAUGCUCAUGAGACACUUUUCUCCCCUUUUCGUUCGUUCACUUCCCCCUUGUUUUUGGUCUCUACUUUUUGUUUUGUGGGAGGAAGAGUCGUUCUGUUUUCACUGCUGAAACUUUAACUUUCUACACUCCACUAACUGAAGAAGCACUCCAGCGCUGUGCUCUUAAAUGACUUAAAGUGUUAGAUUUUGUCAACUUGUGGUUUACCUGCCAGACUGACAAUUAAUAUUAUUGUAACUUAAGGAUGAAUAAUUUUGAUCCACAUUUUUGAUGACGUCUGGAAUACGGUAAACUUUAAAAACUGUGUCUUCUGCAGAUAAAGAUCAACACAAAAUCAUUUUAAAUGAUUGGUUACAAAUGUUGAAAUACAGGGACGCAAAAACCUCAGGAACUAAUGCAUCAUAAUCAGCAAUAACAUUGGAGCAACUUUUACCCCCAUUUUUAUCUUAUUUUAACCCGAAACAGCUGAUAUGCAAACUGUCGUCCCCCUGGAGUGUUGAUGAGCCGAGGUCUCGGAUGCCAGCUUGUCCCAACGUGCUGGUCGCUGCCAAAUAACUUAACCCGCCCCCGAAAAACUCCUCCCCCGCCAUGAAUCUCAAACCAACUUCUUGUCACUUAACGGUGAAUGCACUUGUGUAAAUUUGAGAAUUUAUUUAAUGUAAUUUAAAAGAAAAACUACCUUUUUUGUUGCAGUUUUUUUUUUCAAACAGUCCUCUUUAUUUUUUUUUUGUCAGGCCUGUUUAAGUUUCUCAAAUAUACACAAAGAAUCUGAACUGAGGUCUUGAGGUCAAGAGUUGAUUUCUGAUUCAGAGGGCAGCCCUCUUCUGUUCCCUCCCUCCUCGGACAGGGACCAAAAUCUGCCAUACUUGUCUUUGUUUGUGAAGAGGCCGCUACCAAAAGAGUAUUUUGAAUACACUGUAAAGAUGUAAAUAACCCUAGAGUACUAUUUAAAGAGAAUGUUCAGUGGAAAAAUGGCCUUUUUGUAAGUAUUUCCAUGAAUAAAGUUUCUAUUUUACACUGUGAAGGGCCAUGUAAAUAAAGUGUUCUGUAAA